GGUAGCGGCCAAGUAGAAGCUCCAACCCACUUCACGAAUAUAAGUUACCAUUAAAGAGCAGAGCACCCCACCACGGGUGCUCUAAACCAGAGAUAUCCAUGAAAGCAGUCUCCGGGAGUCGCUUCCUUCUGUUACUUCUCAUCGCAAAUGUAUCCUUCUUCAGCUUCCUCUAUGCUUCAGAGCAACAGUACAUCUCAGCGUUAGGGGACCCAGGAAUGCAAAGGGAUGGAUUGAGAGUAGCUUUCGAAAGCUGGAACUUCUGCAAUGAAGUUGGUAAAGAAGCUCCUGGGAUGGGAAGCCCGAGAGCUGCUGAUUGUUUUGAUCUGCAAUCAAGUUCUUCAUUGAAGCAUAGAGUGACCGACGCUGAUAACCAACUGGGUGUGGGAAAACCAUUCCCGGGUGUGAGUUCAAAUGCUCUGAACAAUCCAGAUCUAUAUGCAGUGGAGAAAGAACAGUAUCUGGGUUCUUUAUGUGAAGUUGCAGAUGCCGACAAUCCAUGGCAGUUUUGGAUGGUGAUGUUGAAAAAUGGUAACUAUGAUACAAUGUCUGGAUUGUGUCCACGAAAUGGGAAAAAGGAGAAGGCUUUUAAGGGGGGAAAAUUCCCCUGCUUUGGUGAUGGGUGCAUGAACCAACCUAUCCUAUAUCGUCAACAAACGGAAUUAUCAGGAAUUGGUGAGAUGAGAGGGAAUUUCAGUGGUACUUACGAUCUGGGUUCUGAUAUCCGAAAUGGGAUAGCUGGGAUCUCGUAUUUUCAGGUAGUUUGGGAGAAAAAAGUCGGAACUGGGAGCUGGACUUUCAGACAUAAGCUCAAGACAUCAAAGAAAUAUCCCUGGCUAAUGCUUUAUCUCAGAGCUGAUGCAACCAACGGUUUCUCCGGUGGAUACCAUUAUGACACAAGAGGAAUGCUGAAAACUCUCCCAGAAUCACCCAAUUUCAAGGUCAAACUUUCUUUGGAUGUGAAGCAAGGGGGAGGCCCAAAGAGCCAAUUCUACCUCAUAGACAUUGGCAGCUGCUGGAAGAAUAGUGGUGCUUCCUGUGAUGGAGAUGUGCUCACAGAUGUUACCAGAUAUAGUGAAAUGAUCAUCAACCCUGAAACACAAGCAUGGUGCAGCCCCACAAGUUUGGUCAAUUGUCCACCAUUUCAUAUCACCCCAAACAACAAAAAGAUUUACAGGAACGACACUGCAAACUUCCCAUAUGCAGCUUAUCACUACUAUUGCGCUCCUGGAAAUGCUCUCCACUUGGAGCAGCCUGUCAGUCUCUGUGAUCCUUACAGCAAUCCUCAGGCACAAGAACUGGUGCAGAUACUUCCCCAUCCAAUAUGGGCAGCAUAUGGGUAUCCAACGAAACCAGGGGAAGGGUGGGUUGGGGAUCCCAGGACUUGGGAGCUUGAUGUCGGAGGACUUUCCAGCAGACUCUACUUCUAUCAGGAUCCAGGUACCCCUCCUGCUAGAAGAAUAUGGACUUCAGUGGAUGUGGGAACAGAAAUAUAUAUCAGUGACAAAGAUGAGAUGGCUGAGUGGGUUCUCAGCGACUUCAAUGUUCUCCUGGCAUCAGCAGCAUCGUAAUCCAAGUUUUAUGUAUUUUCCAGAUGUAAUGGAGCUUCACUAAGGUCCAGACGAGGGGCACAAGAACCCAUCUUUCUAUGCUGUAUUUUAAUUUUUAAACAGAAAAUUGCAACAAACAGUUACCUGAUAAGAAGCUAAAAAAGCCCAAAGGGUUGGCUUCUUCAUCCUUGAGGAUUGUGGUCAUCAUAUAACUGACAUUAUGCUAUUCCAAAUAUCAGGAAACCAAGAACCUGAUAAAUCAAUUUUUUAAUUUUCAUA